CAAAUCAAACUCUACUGUUACCCUUCAACAUGUAUGGUUGUUGGGAAAAGACACACCUUGGACUUCAUUCCUCUUAUCUUUCCCGUCUUACAAUUAUUUUUCUCUCAGUUUCCUUCUCAUAACCCCCCUUUUUUCCUCUCUCAUUCCUAGUAAUUGUGUGUCAAGAUGGUUCCUUAAGUUCUACAUCAUAGCUUGUUUGUGGUCAACUUUGGUUUUCGAUCUUUACAAUCUGCCAAGGAUUUCAGGUGAGGAUAAAUCAGGGCUCUAGAAACCAUCGAAUCUUUCACUUUUCAGCUGAAAUUAAGCCAAUAGGAUUCUACUUGAUUACUGGGUUUUACUUAAAACUUGAAAACUAUUUCUGGGUUUUAAAGAUCUUCUCCACCACGAUUUGAAUCUUUAUCAGCUAUGAUGAUGGGAUGCAAAUCUAGCAAAACAGUAAGUGGUCCAGAAGUAUCUUCACAAGGCAGGACCGAUUUUCUGUUCGAAUCAGACUUGAGCUCCUACGAGGCUGCUUGUAGAAAGGAUUCAACUUUGCAGCAAUUUGAUGCCACCCUCCAUCGACGCACUAACGAUGUCAUUGGCACACUCGCUGCUCGUUUGAAUGUUCGAUCCUUAUCUUUUGACUCGCUCAAACAGGUUAUCGGAUGUCUUCUUGAAACCAACGAGGAAGCGGUGAAAAUCAUUUUGGAACGUCAGAGAGAUAUAUGGAAAAACCCCGACUUGUUUUCUUUGGUUGAGGAAUACUUUGACAACAGUAAAAAGACAUUAGAAUUUUGCGCUGCUCUUGAGAAUUGCCUCAAACGUGCUCGAAACAACCAGUUAAUUAUUCAGUUUGCUGUUAGGAAUUUUGAUGAAGAGGCGGGUUUACAAGUUGGGGAUGGUGAGAGGAAAUUUGUGAAGACUUUGGAGGAACUAGGGAAAUUUAAAGCAGCAGAGGUGCCAUUCACUAAUGAGUUCUUUAUACUGUUCGAUUCAGUUCGUAGGCAGCAGGAGUUAUUGCUGCAUAAAUUACUAGCUCGGAAGAGAAAGCUCGAUAAGAAGUUGAAAUCUUUGAAAACAUGGAGGAGAGUGUCCAAUGUGUUGUUCGUAGCCACUUUCGUUUCGGUUGUGAUCUUCUCUGUGGUGGCAGCAGCCAUAGCUGCACCGCCCGUUGUAGCAGCUUUGGCAGCUGCCCUGGCACCUAUCGGUUCGGUCGGUAAAUGGUGCAAUUGGCUUUGGAAGCGAUACGAGAACGAUCUGAAAGGGCAGAAGGAGUUAAUAAACGAAAUGUGGAGUCGUUCUCACUUCACAAUCCAUGACUUGGAAAACAUAAGAGUGCUUAUCAGGAAGCUGGAAAUUGAGAUGGAAUCACUAUUGCAUGAUGCCGGUUUUGCACUUGCAGAAGAAGAUGCACUGAAGCUCGCGAUCAAUGAGAUCAAGAGAAAGUUGGAAGCAUUUAUGACGACCAUCGAGGAAUUGGGUCAACAGGCCGAUACAUGUAGCCGUAAUAUUAGGAUGGCAAGGACAGUGGUUUUGAAGAAGAUGAUGAAAGAUUCUGGUAGUUCAUCAACUGGUUCCGGCCAUUUAGAAAUCUAGCAAUGACGUAUGUUUUGCUGUGUUUACGUUGUAUUAACUUUAUGUUCAAUUAGAGUUAAUGAAGUUCCACCUCUACGAGUGAGUAGAUCUGGACGUGAUCAUAUAUAUCAAUUACAUUGUUCCGUCAA